UUACCAUUUUCAUACCAUAACGUGAUGGACUCCCGAGAGUAUUUGGCACAUCUCCGUAUGCUGCAGAAAAAGCUCAAUACUUUCCGUGACCAGCUUCUCAGGAUGGACUUAUUAUCAAUCACACGAAUUUCCGGCGCCGGCUUCGACAUUGAAGGGGACAGUGGGGCACCACAGCAGACCGAGCCGUCGACGCUGCAGAAACAGGCAUACUGGGAGGCACUCCUACAGAAGAUGAGCAAUCUCAUAACUACGUUGAAGCAAAUUCAAACUGCUAUGCAUAGGGACUUCUACUUGUUGGGUGUAGCGCCGGGGUCGCAUAUCUACAUGAGCCCGGCUGCAGUGCCCGAGAUGCUGAAGUUGCCAGGGAGAGCUGAGUAUAAAGCCGGGCCUACAGGGGAGACUACAAUUUCGAGUAAUGUGAGUAAACGGAAAGCUCGGGAGGCUGAGAGGGCCAAAAGUGAUGAGGAGGCACCUGAGGUAAAACGGCAGAAGAUGGAGAGGAAAAUAGACCUGUACAACAGAGCGAUGGAUAAGGUCAUUAGCAACACUAUAGAUGCUGUCGAGGAGAGCUCAGUGCCAAUACGACCAACGGCACCAUCAGCGACCAAGAGCGAGCCUGAGGAAGGCGAGGUCGCAGUGAAGGGCCGGGGUGUUCGUGUAGAGGAUGUUGUGAAAAUGUUGACGACGAUGACAAGUGCUGAGCGGCAGAGACAUAUGCGAUGAAUGUUUCUAC